AUGAAGCCAGACAAUGAUGGAAAUGUUUCAGAAUUUAUUCUUCUGGGAUUUUCAGAGGAUCCAAAACUGCAGCCCCUCCUAUUUGGACUUUUUCUCUCCAUGUACCUGAUCACCGUGCUGGGGAACCUCCUCAUCAUCCUGGCCAUCAGCUCAGAUCCACGGCUCCACACACCCAUGUACUUCUUCUUGUGCAACCUGUCCUUUGUGGACAUCUGCUUCUCCUCCACCACCGUCCCCCACAUGCUGGUGAGUAUACAAAGAGAGAAUAGAGCCAUCAGCUAUGAAGGCUGCGUCACUCAGAUGUUUUUUGUCUGUGUCUUUGCAACAUUAGAUGACUUUCUCCUGACCGUGAUGGCCUAUGACCGCUUUGUGGCCAUCUGCCACCCUCUUCACUAUACAGUCAUUAUGAACCCCUGGGUCUGUGGACUGCUGGCUCUGGGAUCCUGGAUCCUGGGUAGCCUGGCAUGUUUGUUACAAAAUACAUUAUUGUUGCGAUUGUCCUUCUGCAUGGAUGUGGAAAUUCCUAACUUUUUCUGUGAACUCAAAAUGAUGGUGCAGCUUGCAUGUUCAGAUGCUUUUGUUAAUAAUCUAGUGAUGUAUUUUUCAGCCGUUCUGCUGGGUGGGGGGCCCCUGGCUGGGAUCCUUUACUCUUACUCUAAGAUAGUUUCCUCCGUAGGUAGAAUCGCAUCUGCUCAGGGGAAGUUGAAAGCCUUUUCUACUUGCGCAUCUCACCUCUCAGUGGUCUCUUUAUUCUACUUCUCUUGUCUUGGAGUGUAUCUAAGUUCUGCUGCUACCCUCAGCUCAAAGUCUAGUUCAACAGCCUCUGCCAUGUAUAGUGUGGUCACCCCUAUGUUGAACCCUUUCAUCUACAGUCUGAGAAAUAGAGACAUAAAGAGGGCGCUGAGUGCAUUCUUAUUGAAGGGAACUACAAAAGGACAGUUAUCCUAA